ACUACAAAGCGUUUAUAGCAACCAAGAUGGCUGACAUUGACAAGCUUUGCGAGCAGGAUUUAAAGAACAUUGCUUAUUUCCAGAAAUCCGAAGCCUGUAGUUUGUUGGCAAAUUGUAUUGGAAUUAAACCAUAUGAUAAAGAGAAGAAUUCAAUUACAGAUAUCUAUGUGAACUAUUUAUAUGAUCAUGUCAUGUUUGCUGUUGAAAGAGGAUUUCCAUGGAAAUCAGUCGGCAUAGUUGUCAAAUUCGCCAACAAAUUAUUAAAAUUUUCAAAAGGGAAGUCACUGGCAGAAACAGUGACCUGGUAUAGCAAAGAAGCUGAAAAUAUGUUUCCUUUACUUGGGGAACGUUUCUUUAAGAUGUACACUGAUUUUGUGUUUUCCACAUUUCUCUCACACUAUCAACUUUAUCAGUACGUCUUGACAAAGAAACGAGAUGAAGAGAUUCCUAAAGUUAAACUUCAAAUAAUUCCCCCAGAAUCUCCAGAACCGUUUAAACUUGGCAAAGAAUCACGUAUAUUUGAAUAUGAACAGACAAUCUGUGAUAUUGAAAGAAGAGAGAGUGAAAAAAUGAACAGUUUACUGAGUGAUAAAGAAAAAUUAAAUGAUGAAAAUGAAAUAAAGAAAGAAGAAAUCUUUAGGAAGUAUGAAGAUAGAGAAGAUUCCCUUACAAAAGAGAGUUUAAGUGAUAUGAUUAAAGAUAUUAUUACAUGUUAUACAUCUUCAUUAACUGAUGAUUUAAAAACAACCAUUGUACAAACACAGGAUACUCUACAAUUUAAACUAGAGAAAACCAGUUUACCAAGACCACAAGUACUAGGACCACCUCCAAGGUACAAGCUUAAAACACCAGUAUCAUCAAAAGACAAGCAAACUGGUAGAAAAACACCUGAAGCUAAACCUAAGUCGGGUAGAGCCAGCUCUUCUGGAAAAUCAAAAUAAUGUGGCUAAAUUUGUUUUAAUAAGAGACAUUAUUUGUUUUAUAGAUUUAUCUAGUUAUUUCCAAAGAUUCUUGUGAAUAAAAUCGUUCUGAGGAUGUUGAGAUCCCUGUUGGUCCUGCUGAUCAUGUUUUUUAGUUCAGGUUCAAGAUUGAAAUAUUUUUUGAUAUGUAACGUUAUUAAAACUGUGAUAUUAUUGGUGUAAUUUAAUCUAUAAUAAAAUAUUCAUUUAUUUA